UCAGUUUUUUUGACACAAUGCAUAAGCGGGUAUAGAGGCAAACUUGUCUUGUAGUAAUAGAAUUAUUUGUUGGCGCUGGUGUGAGUUUGAAAUUCAGUGUACCUUUCUCCUCAGUUGGGCGGUCCAUUUCACUUUUUAAAAUCUCAAAUCUCAACACUCUUUCAACCAAACCCUAGGCGUAGAGAUCAACUAAUGAAGACGACGAAGCCAUUGAAGGAACUUAAGCUCUCUGUACCUGCUCAAGAUACCCCUAUCUCCAGCUUCUUGACAGCCAGUGGAACGUUUCACGACGGCGAUUUACUUUUGAACCAGAAAGGGCUGAGAUUGAUUUCUGAAGAGAAUGAAUCUCCGGCCUCAGAAACUAAGGAGAUAGAUCUUCAGUUCUCGUUGGAAGAUCUUGAAACCAUCAAAGUCAUCGGAAAGGGAAGUGGUGGUGUUGUUCAACUUGUUCGCCAUAAAUGGAUUGGAACAUUGUUUGCUUUGAAGGUUAUCCAGAUGACUAUACAGGAAGAUAUUCGCAAGCAGAUAGUGCAAGAACUGAAAAUAAAUCAAGCGUCACAAUGUUCACAUGUUGUUGUAUGCUACCACUCUUUCUAUCACAAUGGAGCUAUUUCUCUGGUUCUUGAAUAUAUGGACCGUGGAUCUUUAGCUGACGUAAUCAGGCAACUUAAGACUAUUCUUGAACCAUAUCUCGCAGUUGUUUGCAAGCAGGUUUUACAAGGUCUUGUCUACUUGCAUAAUGAGAGACAUGUUAUCCACAGAGACAUAAAGCCAUCAAACUUGUUAGUGAACCACAAAGGAGAAGUUAAAAUUACUGAUUUUGGUGUAAGUGCAAUGCUAGCCAGCUCUAUGGGUCAAAGAGACACAUUUGUUGGGACUUACAAUUACAUGGCACCUGAAAGAAUAAGUGGAAGUACCUAUGACUACAAGAGUGAUAUCUGGAGCUUGGGCAUGGUCAUCCUUGAAUGUGCUAUUGGACGUUUUCCAUACAUACAGUCGGAGGACCAGCAAGCAUGGCCGAGCUUUUAUGAGCUUCUGGAGGCUAUUGUCAGCAGUCCACCACCGUCUGCUCCAGCAGAUCAAUUUUCCCCAGAAUUCUGUUCAUUUGUUUCCGCUUGCAUACAAAAGGACCCAAGGGAUAGAUCUUCAGCUUUGGACCUUUUGAGCCACCCUUUCAUUAAGAAGUUUGAAGACAAAGACAUAGAUUUCGGCAUACUUGUGAGUAGCCUGGAACCUCCUGUAAAUUUUCCAAGAUAAAUUCUCAUAAAAUUAGUAGUAUUAUACAUUAAAGACCUGUAAUAUUUUUCUAUAGCUAGCAGUUGUUGUAAACAUCACAUGAGCUGAUCGAAUUAUUUAGCUGCACUUUCUGCUAAAAUGAGUUUGAAUUUCAGUACACAAUCGUGAGGAUUGACCUUCACUGA